AUAAGCUACCAGCCAUAGCCGCGGGGGAUUCUACAGACGCGAUCAAUACUUCUUCUCACAUCACUUACUACUUACUACAACCAAUAUACUGCAUAAGCUUCAAGCAUUAGACACGCGACUAGACGAACUACUACUACCUAGACAUAGACAGAAUACGAUACUACUUCCAUAUACCCAAGCCAAUCCCAAUGGACGACGCGUGGACAACCAGAACCCAAAGCGACGCAAGCUCGCUCAGCGGCACAACCGGCGUCUACACGCCCACACACACAACAUCAUCACCACCCGCCGCCACCUCCCUCCCCGCGCCCUUCUCUACAGACGGGGGCAUCGGGUCCGCGCCCGAAGCAGGCGAGACAUACAUGAUCCGGCACGUAGACACGGGAAAAGCCGUGACCCUAUCCGGCGGAGAACUAGUCCUACGAACCGACCCCGGUAUGAACGGGGGCUGGCGAUGGCACUGCAGCGAGACCGAGGACGGGUGGUUGCACUUCCGGGAGACGGUGUCGGGCGUCUACCUAGGACGAGACGGCUGGGGCGGAUUUCAGGCGAAUAAGCGGAGUCCCAACGGGACGGAGCGAUUGCUGAUCCGGCCUCGCGAGGCUGGAGGAUAUAAUAUCUUCGCGAUGGAUUGGUGGAAGUUGGGGGCUUUGUGUACUAGGGAUACGGACGGCAAGUUGUUUGAGACUAAGGAGGUGGCGAAGGCUUCGCGUUGGGAGUUUGUGCGGGUGUGAGAGUUAGUUGAUUGAUAUUAUUGUUUGGCUUCAUUAGGAGAUCGUCAGGGAAUAGGCAGAGAAAGCACUCGACCGGUUAGGAUGAUAAUAUCGAAACUCAUUU